GGGAGACAGGUCGAUCGCACCAACUCGGUUUGAUGGUAGGAAAUGGUUUGCUCUUCACCAUGUGAUGGUAUCUGAGUAGCUUUUUACCAUUUAUCUGAGUAGCUUCUUGUUCCUAAUAGCAAUGGCCUCCAACCCAAGAGCGAUGGCCUCCAACCUACUAGAGAUGGCUUCCAACCGGAUUCCAACCUCCUAGCAAAGGCCUCCAACCUAGUACCAUGUGAUGGUAUCUGAGUGUUGUUCCCCACGGUUGGAAAAGAGUACCAAGUUCACCAAGCCCAUUGGUAGGCUCACAUUCAGAAUUGUACGUCGCUACCGCGUAGUGCUGCCAACAUCUGCCAACGAAACGUUGGGCGUGUUGGACUUGGACAAAGACGAGACACAUCAAAACGAAGCAAACGGAUGUGUUGGUGGAACCCACGCUCCGACACGUAGCGUCCUUGCCGGCAAUUCAAGUGAUUUUCCUUGCAUCUUCCCAUCCAUGAUGCGCUUGCAAGUAGUUUGGGUUCAAGAUCAGGGGUAACCAAUCUGGCCCUUUGACGUGCGAAACAUGCUGCCACGGUGCCAGAUGGCACUGCAGUGCCGAGUGCAUGUGCCGGCGUCGGCUCACUGGCUUGCGCACACGUGGCAAGCACCAGUGCCGUACGUGGCAAGGAUGGCAGGGUGGCAGAGUGGUGAGGUGAUAUGGCAGAGCAGGGUGAGCGUGGCAAAGACAGCACAACCGUUUGUGAAGCCCCACGAAGCCCUUGCAUUUCACUCGCAUGCGCGGAGCAUUCAGCAAUUUGCGCCGCGAUUGGCGCCCCCGACUCCCAUGGUCAAUGUGGCACCCAUGGCGUCUACGCGGAAGCCUGGCGUUGAGGUUCUGGAGCCUCGCGAGGUUGCGGCGCUCCUUCAAGCCGGGAGGUGCUUACUGGUAGACCUGCGAGAUGGUGAUCGAAAUGUGGGAACCAUCCAUGGUGCCAUUAAUGUCCCGGCCAUCAAGCGGACCAACGACACAGUGA